AGACAGAUGAAAAACUAGGUGAAGAACUAGGUAAAGAACUUCAACAGCAAAUUGAUGCACUACGUAUUCAUACUCCAAUGUCAAUCAAAAACUGGUUAAAUCCUGAAGAUGAACAAGAGGUACAUCAGCAAUUUGCUAAUGAAGACUUCGUUCAAGAUGCUAUAGAAAUAGAGCAAGGAGAAGAGGAAAAAAUCUUAGAACCAACCCUAACUGCAAAAGAAAAAUUGAAUGUUUUGCAUGAUGCCAUGAAAAUUGUUACUGAAAUAGUUGACAAUGGUAGAGUAACAUUGAGGUCUUUUUGUAAAAUACAAUCUCAUAUUCGUGAUGAGGUUUGA